AUGGAGGCAAAGAUAUUAAUCUCACAACAAAAUGCACGCAUAUCAAAUCAAGAUGAACGCAUACAGAAACUUGAAACAAUGUUCAGAAAGGGUGCAUGCGACUUAGAUACGGAUGAAAAAGGUAGUUGCUCAGUAAAGUUGCAUCCCAUGAGUGACGAAAAUAUCAAAAUUGAAAAGUGUGUCCCAAAUAUUGAAACUUUGGAUGAUGAUGACAUGCAAAUUUUGAACAAUGAUGAUUUCUUCCAGGGUAAACUGGUUGCAUUGACAUUGGGUUCUAAGAGCAAUAUUGUUGCCUAUGGUACAAUUGUUCAUGUCAAUGCGGUUGGUAAAUUACUUCAUGGUGUUCCAUUACCUAUUAAUUGUAUGCGUGUCUCCAUUGAUAAGGCUGUGGAUGAAUUAGCACAAUUGCCAUGUCCAAUUCCAAAUCAAUGUGAUACAAUUGGUGAUGCUAUUGGAACACAUGUGGGAUGGCCGGCUGACUUGGUAGUUAUGCAAGAUGAGAAUCCUCAAAGGAAAAGAAGUGUCGUCCAAAGAAAUAACCCAAUUAUUUCAUCAAGUGUGCCAAGGUCAUUGCAUCUACUGUAUUGUUAUUGUAACCGUGCUCUAAAUGAUGAAACAAAUAUAUCAAUGAUUUGUGAGGAGGGUUUCUUUGACGAUCAAUAUGAAAUCCUUGUGCACCUUGAAGAUAUCAUUCCUUUUUAUCAUUUGGAUCCCAUAACUGCAAAUUGUAUAGUAAUUUACAUGUGGCAUCUUUAUAAAAAGCUGAAAACAUAUAACAAUGUCCACAAAAUCAGAUUUGUUAAUCCACACAUUAUCCCAUAUGUGGCAUGUGUGACUCGACUGGACAAAAACAGCAAAUUCGAGCAGUUGAAUGAAAGAGCUAGUGUUUUGGCAGAUAAGCUGAGUCAAGCAUCAAGAAAUCAACUUGUUUUGGUGCCACAUAAUCUUGGGUAA